GUGUGGCUUUAAACGGACAUGCAAAGCUUUUCAUAGUUCGCGAUCGCGGUAUACAGUUUAGUAGUGUAGUGAAUGGCAAUGGCUACGUCGAGUUGUAGGAUGCUAACUUUCUUUCUCCUGUUUUUAACCGUGUUUAUAAAUGCUGCGCAAAGUUACCGAGCCGUGAUCAUCAUCCAUGGUGUUCUCACGGGAAGCGACAGUAUGGAAGUCAUCAGCGAUAGAAUCAAGGAGAUGCAUCCGGGGACGCAAAUUUACAAUACUCCGAGGUACGCGGGAUGGAGUAGCUUGGAACCCAUGUGGCGACAAGUGGAGGAAAUUGGCAUGGAUCUGAUUUCCAUAGGUGCUGCGUUCCCCGAGGGAAUUAAUUUAAUUGGGUACAGCCAGGGCGGUUUGUUGGCUAGGGCGAUUUUGCAAAAGUAUCCCGAACACAACGUCAGGAACUUUGUUUCUUUGAGCUCUCCGCAAGCAGGAGAAUACGGAACUAAGUUUUUGCACUUAUUUUUCCCGAACCUGUUCUGCAAGACUGCUUACGAGCUGUUUUACUCUAAAAUUGGCCAAACUAUUAGUAUUGCUAAUUAUUGGAAUGAUCCACGUGAACAGGAAUUAUAUUUCAAGUACAGUGACUUCCUUCCAUACGUGAACAACGAGAAAAAUACAACGAAUUUACAGAUGUCGAGAAAAGGUAUCACUAAACUGAAUCGUAUGGUGCUGAUCGGAGGUCCGGACGACGGGGUAAUUACCCCAUGGCAGAGCAGCCAUUUUGGAUAUUAUGAUGCCAAUUUAACAGUGAUAGAAAUGCGCCAGAGACCAAUUUAUGAAGACGAUUUAAUUGGUCUGAAGACGCUAGACAUAAAUAAGAAACUCACUUUGAUUACGGUGCCGAAUGUUCACCAUUACGAGUGGCAUAAGAACGUGUCUAUCGUAGACGAUUAUCUAUUGCCAUACUUGGAUUAAUGUACGUUACGCAGAAUUAAUCAUUGCCAUGCAAUGUCCUGUGAGCAAUAUCUGAACAAAAGAUCUUUGUUGAUCAUGACAAUUAACACGACUGAAUAGAAAUACGAUAAGAGCCCCAUUGUAUACAACCCUAAAGAUAAACGAAUAUUUCUAACGUGACUAAGAUGAUCGACUAAAGGGGACAGCUCAAUGAUAAGACGCUUAUGUAUACACUUUUAUUAUCAAUAAACGUUUGCUAAUUUAUCAAAUACAAAAUCGAGUAUAAUGUCAUGUUUGGGCUCCGGAUACGUGCUGACAUAAAUCGACGUAACUUUAAGUACUACAUUAAGUCUACGUAUCAUUAUUGAUAGUUAACUUGUUAUUGCUUGUUCAUAGACAUUACAUAAAGGUUAUCACAA